AUGAACGAGAAUGUAUUUACUUUAUGUGGUACACCGGAGUACAUGGCACCAGAAAAAUUAUUGGGCAAUGGUGAUUCUACAGUUACAGACUAUUGGUCUUUAGGAUGUCUGAUAUACGAAAUGCUUUUAGGAGAGCCUCCAUUUUAUGCCGAAGUGCCACAGUUGAUUUAUAAGAAAGUGAUAAGCGAAGAGGUAAAAAUUCCAUACGGACUCUCUUCAGAGGCAAAAGACCUACUAAUACGAUUACUUGCGAAGAAUAGAUGCAAUAGAUUGGGUUUUAACGGAACUGAGGAGAUUAUGAAGCAUCCUUUUUUUUAUGGAGUGGAUUGGAAUCGAGUGAAGGAUUCAGACUAUAAAUCGCCUUUUCAGGUGGAGAUUAAUCAAUUUGAGAGUCUUCAAUCCGAAGAUUUUGAGAGGGAAAAGCUACCUACCAAAACAUCCAGUAGUUAUAGACGAAUCUUUAGGAUACGAAAAGAUGAGUAG